UGUCGCGAUCAGUCGCAACACAACAAGUACAGUGAAGUAUGGUGUUCGGAUGUUUUUCACGGGGCUUCAUUUAGAAAGGAUUGCUUGGAAAUUCAUUAAGAGUAUCUUGCGCGCACGUAAAUUAUCCGAUGCGCGUUAAUUCGUGGCUGUACAUCAAUCCAAUCGAUUCGCUGGCCUUUUCACUGGAAAGAGAAACUGAGAGAAACCGACGACGCGGGCACAUUGCAUUGAUUUGCCUGACUCACCGUAAAAGCGCGCAAAUCCGAGUGAGAGGCCGUCGAUAAAUUUAGACUAGAGAGAUGUAUCAAAGAAGAUAACAUAAAUCUAGAAGACAGGAUCAUGGCAAACAGAAGGGACAAGCCUACUGGCUUUUUGGACACAUGGUUCGGCCGACCGAAAAAAUCCGUACGCGGGAGUGGGUCGCGUGGCUAUUCGGGCAGCAACACCAUGCCCAGGCCACACUCCGGUGAUGAUAUCAACGAAAUCGAGCAACAGCGUUGUAUCAUCGAGAGAAUGGACGAAGAGACGGUGAAUGAUAGAUUCGAGGAAAUGUUGGCUAAUAUGAAUCUAACAGAAGAAAAGAAGGAACCAUUGCGCCAACAAUCGGAGUCGAAGAAGAAAGAAAUGCUGGUUUUGCAUUAUAAGGGUAGCAUACAAGAAAAUCGAUCAAAAUUCGACAAACCAGCGGAUUACAUACAGUACCUGGCGCAGCCUGAUUUGAGCGUCAAUAAGAUCUACAACUGCGUUGAGUCUCUCAGGAUCGCGCUUACUAACAAUCCGCUCAGCUGGGUACAGGAAUUUGGCACCAAGGGUCUCAAGCAGGUUCUGGCUACUCUCAAUGAAUGUUAUCGAAAUGCCUUCAUAUAUUACGAUAGUGACAACCGUUAUGAACGAAUACAAUACGAAUGUAUUCGCUGUUUAAAGGCUAUUAUGAAUAAUACCGUUGGUAUAAAGGAGAUGUUGGCCCAUCACGAGGCCCUUACCAUUGUGGCCAGGUCAUUGGAGCCGACGAAACCAUCUGUAAUGUCCGAAGCUGUAAAAUUACUAGGCGCGGUGUGCCUUAUAUCCAUCGAUAGUCACAAAAAGGUUUUAGAUGCUGUUACUAUGAAUGGUGAAUUCAAAGGUCGUGAAAGAUUUUUGCCAAUCGUACAGGGAUUGAUGAAUAAGAAAAACGAAAAUUUAAGGGUAGUAUGUCUUCAACUCAUAAACUCAAUAAUAUCAUCCGCGGAGGAUCUAGAUUUUCGCUUACAUCUUAGGAACGAGGUAAUGCGAGUAGGUUUAGCCGAUAUUCUCGAAAUAUUAGAGAAAGAUGAAUCGGAAGACUUGGCUACGCAUUUAAAGAUUUUUAAUGAUCACAAAGAGGAGGAUUAUGAGGAAUUUGUACAGAGAUUUGACAACGUACGUUUAGAAUUAGACGAUGUUAACGAUUGUUUUGAAGUAGUUAAAAAUAUGGUAAUGGAUACCUCCGCCGAGCCAUACUUUCUAUCAAUACUUCAACAUCUUUUAUUUAUUCGAGAUGAUGCUCUGGUUCGACCGGCAUAUUAUAAAUUAAUAGAGGAAUGUAUAUCGCAAAUUGUGUUGCAUCGUUCAGGCUGUGACCCGGAUUUCAGCGCGACAAAACGCUUCCAGAUUGAUGUACAACCGUUGAUCGAUAUCCUAGUCGAAAAGUCACGGGCCGAGGAAGAACGCCGAUUAGUAGAAGUGAUGCAAAAGUUAGAGGAAGCUAUAGCUAGUAGACAAGAAGCCGAAGCGAAACUUCAGCAUGCGGAAAACAAAAUCAAAGAACUGGAGCAAGGAACAGAGAAAUCUGGAGGUUUUAGGACUGCUGUAUGUCCACCUCCUCUACCUACGCCUGAAAUGGGUAGCAAACUACCACCACCGCCACCUCCUCUUCCUGGCCCACCUCCACCACCACCUAUGUCUGGAAUGACGUGUCCACCUCCUCCGCCUAUGCCCGGUUUAAAAGGACCUCCACCUCCACCUAUGCCUGGAAUAGGAGGACCUCCACCACCACCUAUGCCAGGAAUAAAUCCUCUAUCAUCACCGAUAAUGGGGGCAUUAUCUCCAUCGCCUCCAGUGAUACAAAUUUUGCCUCAUGGAUUAAAACCGAAAAAGAAGUGGGAAGUAGACGGACCAUUAAAAAGAGCAAAUUGGAAAGCGAUUUUACCUCACAGAAUGACAGAAAAGUCAUUCUGGACAAAAGUACAAGAAGACAAAUUAGCUAGUCCAGAAAUAUUGGACGGUCUUGCACAGAAGUUCGCUUCCAAACCGAGCGGGAAAAAAAUAGAUGAUGUAGUUGAUAAGUCAGCCCCAACGAAAAAAGUAAAGGAUCUCAAAGUUUUAGAUAAUAAGGCGGCUCAAAAUAUAUCAAUACUUCUCGGUGGGACAUUAAAGCAUAUGCCUUACGUGGAAGUAAAACGAUGUUUAUUUCGAUGUGAAGGACCAGUUAUUUCUGACAAUAUAUUACAAGGAUUAAUUCAAUACUUACCUCCGCCAGAUCAAUUGUCAAAAUUACAGAUGUACAAAGAUCAAUACGAUGACUUAACUGAAGCAGAACAAUUUUGUGUUACGAUAUCUACAAUAAAACGAUUAUUACCUAGAUUGAGAUCAUUAAGCUUUAUGUUGCGAUAUGAAGAGUUGAUACAGGAUAUAAAACCUGACAUAGUAGCGGCUACAACAGCAUGUGAAGAAGUGAAAAGUAGCAAAAAGUUUGCACGAAUUCUCGAAUUAAUAUUGUUACUCGGAAACUAUAUGAAUUCCGGUUCCAAAAAUGGCCAAGCAUUCGGAUUCGAAAUUAGUUUUCUUACAAAGUUGACCAGUACUAAAGAUAUCGAUAACAAGCAAACUCUUAUGCAUUACUUGGUGGAUACGAUAGAGAGAAAGUUCCCAGAAUGUCUCAGCUUUAUUGAGGAAAUAGCACAUGUAGACCGUGCCAGUAGAGUGUCUUUAGAAAAUGUUCAGAGAACAUUAUGUCAAAUGGAGACCAAUAUUCGUAAUCUCGAACAGGAUCUUACGAAUGCCAAAGUUCCACAGUGUGAUGAGGACUUAUUUAUAGAUGUCAUGAAACCAUUCGCGAAGAAAGCUAGAGAAUCUUACGAAGUUCUGCAAAAUAUGUUUAAAAAUAUGGACACUCUAUACAAGGACAUCUCAGAAUUCUUCUCUUUCGACAAGCAGAAGUACACCAUAGAGGAAUUCUUUGGCGAUAUCAAGACGUUUAAAGAUGAUUUCUUGCAAUCGCAGAAGGAGAUAAUAAAGCUGAAGGAGGGCGAGGAGAAACAGAGACGGACGAGAGAAGCGCGCGAAAAAGCAGAAGCAGAAAAGGCGACACGAGCUGCGCGUAAACGCGCAUUAGUCGAUAUGAACGCACAUGAGACUCAGGAAGGUGUUAUGGAUAGUCUGAUGGAAGCGUUGCAGACUGGAUCGGCCUUUAGUAGGCCAGAUCAACGACGCAAGCGACAAACCCGCGUAGCUGGUGCGGAAAGGAGAGCGCAACUAAAUAGGAGUCGAUCGCGUACUGGAUUAGUCGGAACUGGCUUGCUAGGAAGAGAACUUUCGACAGAGCUUUUAAGUUCGGCUUAAUCUAUUGGAAUACAUUCUAUUUCCGUCCUAAACUCAUUGCUGUGAUGAUUUUACACGCAUUGGAACAUUAAUGAGCAGAAGAACGUGCGGUACAGUAAAUCAAUAUCCAAGAGAAAGGAAGAUAAAGAAG